UCCUUUCUAUUACAAAGCUGAGAAGAAAUGCAUAAAGGCUCGUGCAUUCAUUUAACAACUGUUAGCUUGAGCGCACGUGCAUCCUCUGUUCAUUGGAAGUAACGUUAGUCUCGGUUGUUAUAAACAAACAUGAAUCAGUAUCUGCUUGUUCUUCUUUCUUUUGUGCAUGUAUUGUCGGAUUCGGAUUUUGCUAAACAAGAUGGUGCCCCGCCUUCUAAAAUAGCUGUUGUUGGAGCCGGAAUCGGAGGAACCGCUACAGCUCAUUUCCUUAGGCAACACUUCGGGCCAGAAGUGAGAAUUGAUGUAUUUGAGAAAGGCUCAGUCGGUGGUCGACUGGCAACUGUUACCGUAAACCAGCAAGACUACGAGUCCGGGGGAUCCAUCAUCCAUUCCCUCAACCUGCACAUGCAAGACUUUGUCCAGCAACUGGGGCUGAAGUACCGUAAGAGCGUGGCUGGGAAAACAGCCGUGUUUAAUGGAGAGGAGUUUAUCCUGGAGGAGACUGACUGGUACCUGCUGGAUCUGUUUCGCCUGUGGUGGCGCUACGGGAUCAGCUUCAUCCGCCUGCAGAUGUGGGUGGAGGAGAUCAUGGAGAAGUUCAUGAGGAUCUAUAAAUACCAGGCCCAUGGCUACGCCUUCAGCUCGGUGGAGGAGCUGCUGCACUCUCUGGGCGGUUCAGGCUUUAUCAACAUGACCCGCCGCUCUCUCUCCGAAUCUCUGCUCGAGCUGGGCGUCUCCCAGCGCUUCAUUGAUGAGGUCAUCGCCCCCAUCAUGAGGGUCAACUACGGCCAGAACAUCAGCAUCCCUGCGUUUGUCGGUGCCGUGUCUCUCGCUGGUGCACAGGCCAAUCUCUGGGCCGUGGAGGGAGGAAACAAGCUGGUUUGCUCAGGACUGCUUAAACUAGCAAAAGCUAAUCUCAUCCAGAGUCCAGUUACAACCAUUAGCCUACGAUCAACAGGAGAUUACCACCAGUAUGAGCUCACCUACGACUCUCAAAAUGAAAAGACAUCGGAGCUCUACGAUAUUGUAGUGGUAGCAACGCCUCUCCAACAAAACGUCAACUCCGGCAUCUCAUUCCAGGGCUUUGAGCCACAACUCCCAGAAAUGACGGGCUCCUACCACCAAACCGUGGCCUCCAUCAUCCACGGCUACCUAAACUGCACCUACUUCGGCUUCCCCGACCCAAAGCUUUUCCCGUUUUCAAGCAUCCUUACCACAGACACUCCCGGACUGGUCUUCAACAGCGCUGCCAGCGUGUGUCCCGUCAACAUAACCUCCGGCUUCCGCAGGAAACAGCCUCAGGAGGCCGGGGUUUACAAGGUGUUUUCCCCAGUGCCUCUGGGGAAGAAUGAGCUGAAGACCCUUUUUAAGUCCUAUUACUCCGUGCAGGUCACGGAUUGGUUGGCGUACCCUAGUUAUGGAAGCACACAGGGUUUGCCACCGGUGGAGCUGCACGAUAACUUGUACUUCCUCAACGGAAUCGAAUGGGCUGGAAGUGCGAUGGAAAUGAGCUCGGUGGCGGCUAAGAAUAUAGCACUGUUAGCAUACCACCGCUGGAACAGACAACUGGAGAUGAUUGACCAGAAAGACCUCAUGCACAAAGUGAAGACAGAACUGUGACACAUUCAUCACAUGUCGUUAUAAAGACACUCUGGAAUUUAACAAGGAGGAUUAAACUUCCACAACAGCCACACAACACGGCGCAUGUCUCGGUUUUACUAUUUUGAUGCAAAAACAGUUGCAUGUCUGCCAGAUGUUUGGCGAACACGAACAGGAGUGUGGUCUCGGGCGAAACGCUUGAUCUUUAAUGUGUGGGACGUCUUCUCCAUGACUGACCGACUUCAUGGGUCAGUCAUGAAG